UUGACGGUAAGAGGAGUGGCAGAAUGAGUCUGUGGCGGGCAUUGCAGGUCCUAUAAAAACGAAAAAAAGCAACAGAGAGAGAAGAAAGCGGACUGCUACCAUCAAAAUAACACAAUAGACAAGGAGCACUGCGUGGUAAACCAGGAAGCAGCUUCUUCAUGCACAUCUGUCCUCUCUCUCUGGGGCGUGCAUGGGCGUUUCAGCAUCUUUACGCACGCAUGCUAACACAAAGCUCAACAAGGUACGUCUCUGGAAUGUUAACUCUUGGCUUUUCUAGACCAGAGGCCUACAACAUCCUCCUCUAAAACUAGAACAACCUCAGUGCCGGUGGAUAACCCCCAUCGAAGCACACCUAGUGAAUUCGACCUGACGGUGGAUACUACAGCUUCCAUCCAGACAGCAAAGCAUUUCCAUUGCUCAUUUUUAAACAGUUAAAUCCAUAAAUUUGACUGUUAGUGUUCCUUUUUUUUUAAUAAGGAUUUUUAUAACUGUGUGCUUUACUUCCAAGAGAGAUUUUUUUAAAGUGAUCUGUAAAAAUGGCUUCUGCAAUGGAAGCAGUGGACAUAGGUGUGGUAGCACUGUAUUUUGUCCUGGUGCUAGCCAUUGGGUUUUUUGCCAUGUGGAAAGCCAAUCGCAGCACGGUGAGCGGCUACUUCCUGGCUGGACGCUCCAUGACGUGGGUAGUGAUCGGCGCGUCACUCUUCGUCAGCAACAUUGGAAGUGAACAUUUCAUAGGCCUGGCUGGGUCAGGAGCAGCAAGUGGCUAUGCUGUUGGAGCGUGGGAAUUUAAUGCACUUCUACUUCUGCAGCUGCUCGGCUGGGUGUUUAUCCCUGUGUACAUACACUCGGGAGUCUACACCAUGCCCGAGUACCUGUCGAAACGCUUCGGUGGCAAGAGGCUAAAGUUUUACUUUGCUCUCUUGUCUGUGUUACUUUACAUUUUCACCAAGUUGUCUGUGGACCUAUUUGCUGGAGCUCUCUUCAUUCAGGAGUCCCUGGGGUGGAACCUUUAUGUGUCCAUCGUCCUGCUCAUCAGUAUGACUGCACUGCUCACUGUCACUGGUGGUUUGACGGCAGUACUCUACACGGAUACGCUUCAGGCAGUGUUGAUGAUUGGUGGAGCCCUAACCUUAACCAUCCUCAGCCUGAUCAAAGUUGGUGGGAUGGAGGGUGUCAGAACGAAGUACAUGCAGGCAGUUCCCAACGUUACUGCUAUAAUGGCCACUGGAAACUUCACCUAUUCUCCUUCCUGCCGCAUUGAGCCUAAAGCAAACUCGCUGCAUGUCCUUCGAGGUCCCCUGGAUGAAGACGUCCCAUGGCCGGGCUUCCUUCUUGGCCAGACCCCUGCAUCUAUUUGGUACUGGUGUGCAGACCAGGUCAUUGUUCAGAGAGUACUAGCAGCAAAGAACAUCGCUCACGCCAAGGGCUCAACGCUCAUGGCUGGAUUUCUCAAGAUCCUGCCCAUGUUUCUAAUAGUCAUCCCAGGAAUGAUCUCCCGCAUCCUGUUUGCGGACGAGAUUGCCUGCAUUAGUCCGGAGCACUGCAUGUCUGUGUGCGGUUCUCAGGCCGGCUGCUCGAACCUCGCCUACCCGCGCCUGGUCAUGGCGGUGAUGCCGGUGGGACUCAGGGGUUUGAUGAUGGCAGUCAUGAUCGCUGCCCUGAUGAGUGACCUAGACUCGAUCUUCAACAGUGCGAGCACCAUCUUCACACUGGACAUCUACAAAACUGCUCGAAAGGAGGCGUCUCAGCGAGAGCUGCUGAUUGUAGGCCGUGUGUUUGUUGUGGUCAUGGUGGUAAUCAGCAUCGCCUGGGUCCCCGUUAUUGUUGAAAUGCAAGGUGGACAGACGUACCUCUACAUCCAAGAAGUUGCUGGCUACCUCACUCCACCAAUUGCUGCCCUCUUCCUGUUAGGCGUGUUCUGGAAACGGUGCAAUGAGACAGGUGCAUUUUGGGGAGGCAUGACAGGGUUCAUACUCGGUACCCUGCGACUGAUCCUAGCUUUUAUCUACCGCCAGCCUCGCUGUGACCAGCCAGAUGACAGGCCCGCCUUCAUCGUUAAUGUUCACUUCAUGUAUAUUGCCACUGGGCUGUUCUGGAUUUCAGGGUUGGUGGCGGUGGUGGUCAGCCUCUGCACCUCUCCGCCAGAUGAGGAGCAUGUUCGCACCACCACAUUCUGGGGGCUCCGCAACAUUGUACCGGUUCGCCCAAAGGAUGGAAAGAAAACGCACAGGCACACUGAAAAUAGCCUUUGUAGAGCCGACAGAAAAUUCCAAGAAGAAGUGCCCCCAGAUGUGAGAAAUGAGAGGCUUUUAGAAGAGGUGGAUGUCGAACUCCUGGUCCCGUCCACUGACAAUGACUCAGCAACACCUAGUACGGAAACAUCCCCUGCCACCACCCCUGCAGACGGAUUUGUUGGUGGAAGGAUGGAAAUGAUCAGAGAGGACAGCCACAAUGUUGAUGGGGAGACUAGCAGGUGUAGGCGUUUACUGGAGUGGUUUUGUGGAUGCAAGGAGGAAGCACAGCCCACUGACCAAAAAGUAGCACGGGAGGACGCAACAGUCAUUGCAGAGAUGCUGUACGAGCCACCUAGAGUUAAAAUUCUCCUCCGCGUGGGUCUGGUAGUCAUCUGCUGCGUGGACGUCUUCAUGUAUGUUUAUUUCUCACUGUAGUUGAACUCUGCACCGAACUAAUGUGGACUGGCGUGAGCGUUUUUAUUAAGGUGGAAGUAAUGUGGAAGAUUGCCGGCUGUUACAAGCAAACGGUUGAAUUUUCAAAGAUUUGAGAAGCUCUAUCUGUAAUAUUUACAGUUGUCUUUUGUAGCUCUCUAACAACGAUCUAACAUGACUCUAAUCAUAUUUUUAAAUGAUUAAAGCUUUGCCACAUGAAAACAAUUGUAAUCCUUAAUGACUAAGAAACUUAUUUGGCACAUGUCCAUUUUGUAUAGCGUUUGUUGUUAAUCCUGCAUUCACAAUAUGUACUGUUUUUUUAAUUAUUGUACUCUUGGUGAAUUUAAUAUUUGCCUUAUUUGACAUAUGCACUUGUCUUUGGUGAAAAAUAGAUGUAUUCUGUGAUUUUGUUUCUAAUCUUGUUGACAGUUAAUGUAGGCUUAGUUGCUGUGUAGCAUACACAUGUCUAGUAAGUCAAAAAACUAAGUUUUCUGCCGCUGAACACUGUAUUAUUACGGUAUUAUUUCAGUUGAACUUCAAGUAUGUGAUUACUGUGUAUUUUUUUUAUUGUGCCCUUGACUAUCAUUUCAAGGUUAUUAGCAAAGGACCUUAUAAAUAUCCAUUUUGUUUUGAUGGAGAGAAUACAUAGAAAUGAUAUCCAACUCUCUUUUUUAAAGAGACCAUUAUGAAGUUUCUAAAACAAGUUAAGUGCGAAGAAGCAUUGCUUCUCUGCUGCUGUUAUGAACAUGAUGUGGUUAGAUUUAGCCUACUGGAGGUAUUGUGUUAAAUGGAAUAUGUACGUGUUUUGCAGCACAGGAAAUGAAGAGACGAAGCACAACAUUAGAAAUUGUUGUCCUUUUUAAAAAAACAAAAAGAAAGAAAAAUGUCAUCUUGAUUGAAGACAUAGUCAAACUUAAUAUAAUGUGGUACUCAUUUUAAUUGAUUCCAUUUACAACAGGUGCUGCAUUGCUAUUUUGUAGAAAUGCUUUAUAUACUUUUUAUGCACUACCAAUGUUUGUAAUUCUGUAUCAAUUUAUAUUUUAUGCGUAUUAUAUGUUUCAAAUCAUUGAAAAGUGUGUUGAGUCUGUUGCAUUAUGUUAACAUUGUGUAUGAUAUAAUUCAAUGUGUAUCAAUGUACCUUUAGUGCACUGCAGUGCAUUUAAUCAUGUUUCAAGUGCAUCUUUUAUAAACCUCUUACCAAAUGUGUCUUAGUAUGCAAUCAUCCUGAAAAUUGUGUGCAGUGAAUACCACAUUUGUUUAAAGCCAUGUGACAAAAACAAAAUAAAGAAAAAAAUAUUUGUGUUCGAAUGUAUUUGUGAAUUUGACGACAUUGUUGAAUGAGCUCAGUCUAAAAUGUCAUUGCCAUAAAUGAUUGAUACUGCAAGUGAUGAUUUCUGUACGGGAAGGAGCUUUAAAAAGGGUUUCUUUCUUUCUGAUCGAAUAUAGGUUGUUAUUUUUUUUUAUUUUUGGAGACUGAUAAUAAAGUUUCUGUGGAGACAAAGACA